GUAUGAGGAAACUAUACUUCCUCUUUUACAGUAAGUGUGAAGGUUCUCUAGUCCGUUAAAAACAAGUGCACUUUCUUGCUGGGACAAAAUAACCCUGCUGAUUAUUCUGCAACAAGGAUGCACCUUUUGUGUGGUGUCUUGCUUUUGGACUCUCUAGUUCUGGGCCACUCUUGGUCUGCCUUAAAUAAAGAGUGGGAAGAGUGGAAAAUCAAACAUGGCAAAGUUUAUGACAAUCAAACUGAGAUCGUUUUCAGGAGAGCAGUGUGGGAGAAGAACAUACAGUUGGUGUUGAGACACAACCAGGAGGCUUCAGCAGGAAAACAAAGCUUCACAAUGGGACUCAAUCAUCUGGCUGACAUGGUAGGAGUCUGCUCCAAAGCAACAACAUCUGAGGAAAUCAAUGAGAAGCUGAAUGGCCUGAAGCGGGAGGAGCCUAUUCAUUUCAGAAAUGGCACAUUUAAGGGCGUGAGUGGCUUAUCGACGCCUCAGAGUGUGGACUGGAGGAAGAACGGCCUGGUCAGUCCAGUUCAAAACCAGGGGUUAUGUGGGUCGUGCUGGGCCUUCAGCUCUCUGGGAGCUCUGGAGGGCCAGAUGAAGAAGAGAACAGGUGUCCUUGUUCCCCUGAGCCCACAGAACCUGGUGGACUGCAGCACCAAUGAUGGAAAUCACGGCUGCAGAGGAGGAUACAUCUCUAAAUCCUUCAGCUACAUCAUCCGCAACCGAGGCGUAGACUCAGAGAGCUUUUACCCCUACAAACACCAGGACGGGAAAUGUCGUUAUUCUGUCCAGGGAAAGGCCGGCUACUGCUCUAAUUAUCACAUCCUCCCACGGGGAGAUGAGAAAACUCUGCAGGCUGCAGUGGCAUCGGUGGGGCCGGUUGCUGUGGCCGUCAAUGCCAUGCUGCAAUCUUUUCAUCUCUACAGAGGAGGUGUAUACAGUGUACCCAACUGCAACCCAAAGUUCACAAAUCACGCUGUCCUGGUUGUGGGCUACGGCACAGACAGAGGACAAGACUUCUGGCUUGUGAAAAACAGUUGGGGAACUGCGUGGGGAGAAGGAGGCUUCAUUCGAAUUGCCAGAAACAAGAAUAAUCUCUGCGGCAUUGCUAGUUUUGCAGUUUACCCCACACUAUGAAAAUGUGACCUGUCACCUGAAUCAUCUUGGGAAAAUUUAGCUUAUUUAUUCAAUACCAGUUGGUGUGUUUACCUGUAACACUAAAACUGUGAAAAAAAAUGUUGGAAAUGUUAAAUUCAAAAAAUUACUGUAACUGCUUUGGUAUUCUCGCUGAUGUUUUGAUUAGUAGGAGUCAUUGUUGUAUUUUAUUAAUAGCCUAAAUAAAGUUAUUUAAUAUAAUCAUAGGUGAUGAGAACAAUAAACUUCUUCUGAAAUGGA